AAUAUAUAUCGCCGAAGGAUUCGUCAAUAUUUUAAUUUGUUAAACGUUUCAGCAACAAAUUGGCAACCAGGUCAAGCAUUGUCCAUGAGACAAUUAACAUGCCAAUUUCUUGUCGAGACAGGAAAAUUAUUACAAUUAUGUUCUCAAAUCUUGAUGGAAACUACUCGCCACAAUAGUACCACAAUAGAGUAAUGCGCCAACAUGGAUUUACAGAUGAUGUUAAACAACACGACGUCCGUUUUCCCUACCGUCACCUCUUACAGACAGGCCAGCGAGCAACAUGUCGCUCUGCGUACAGGUCUUGGGAUUAUUUCCUUCUUGUCAUUCACUGGAAAUGGUUCACUUGUCUUGAUGUUCUUUAAAAACAGAGAUAUGCUGAGGACACCGUACAGUAUGUUCAUCCUCAGCUUGGCGGUUACCGAUAUGACUACAGGUAUCGGACUCAUUCUUACGCCUGCUUAUAUCAUUGGCACAUAUAAUUUCCCUAUCCCAAGUGGCUUUGCCGGCGAGCUGUUCUGCCGCAUUGUAGCGUCGUACUUUCUGGUGUUCUAUCUUGGAAUAGUGUCGGUAUUUACCAUCGCUUGUCUGGCUUUAGAAAGAUGGUAUGCUGUUGCUCGUCCGGCCAAAUACAAAGCAAGCUUUAAGAAAACCAGAGUACUUGGUAUCUUGUCUUCGGUUUGGUUAUGUUCAUUUGCUCUUAACCUUCCACAAAUGUUUGAGAUGACACUCGGCCCUAAUGGCAAUUGCGUUUGGAUAACUCUGACCGAGGGGAGACUGAGACGAGCUGUUGCUAUUAUCGAGUUCAACGGGAAGUUUUUCAUUCCAUUGGUGGUAACAUCGGCCGCAUUCAUCAACCUUGGGCUAAGAGUACGACAAUCACCUGCACUCUUCAAAACCAAUCACGGCAGAGCAGGUAUUCGUCUACUGCGCAUGUGCACUGUUACCGCUGUUGUCCUUGCUAUUUGUUGGUUUCCAAACCAGUUCUAUUACCUGUUAUUCAAGUUUGACAUCACACUGAUGGAUAAUCCAGCCCAUCACUUCACUGUGAUUAUGUGCAUGGGGAAUUCGUGUGUCAAUCCAUUCAUUUACUGCGCUACUAAUAAGUCCUACCGAAAAAAAUUUAUUAAAUUACUUUGUCCUUGCUGGAAGAGAUACGUUGGACCAGUAGAUGGAACGAGCGAGUCCCCACGACAACUACACAACUCGAUUUCAGGAGAGGGACUUGAUGGCGAUCUAUUUGAAGGCGAUAUCAUGAUGGACCCAGCUGAACUGGAGCAGCUUAAAAGAGAAUGGAAUAAUAAAAACUAGGUUAUGUACAUGAGCUGCAACUAUUUGUAUACCUUUAGCUUAUAUGGAUACAAGUGAACAAUCACUAAAGGCUGCAGUACAAGCGCAGUAUCGCAUAAAC